AUGCAAGGCGAGAAGCUCUUAAUCAAAAAACGUGGUAUAGGUUGUUUGAUUCCUAUGGGUAAUAUAGGUAAAGACCGGCUCAUAGUUGGGCAUAAUGUUGGUUUCGAUCGUGCACGAAUAAGAGAAUAUCAUCACGACAGAUCUUGUAACAGCUAUAUAGAUACAAUGUCUUUACAUGUAACUGUAAGUGGACUUUGCACUCAACAUCGCACUUCUUGGAUCAAGUAUAAUAAGGCGAUUAAAGAAAGCAAAGAUUUUCAAUCUAUUCAUGAUGCUAGUUCGAUAAACAACCUUCGAAAUAUCUAUAGAUUUUAUUGUCAGGGAGAAUUAGACAAAUGUUUGAGAAAUUAUUUUAUUAAUAGUUCUUUAGAUCAAAUAGUAAAACCCGAAGUUUUUCAAAAGCUGGUAGCAUAUCGUGCUGACGGUGUAUUCACAACACAUAAAGUGCUCAAAAAACUAUUUCCACGAUUUCUAAAAAUUUAUCCACACCCUAUAUCAUUUGCCGGUAUAAUUAGUAUGAAUAAUAAAUUCAUGACAACACCAAAGGACUGGGAUUAUUAUAUUGAGAAAAUAAAAUUGAUACGUCAAGAAGAAAGUAAACCCAUUGAAAAAAGCUUACAAAGGCCUGCAUUUAUAACAUUAAAAUCAUAUAGUGAUGAUUCGCAAUCAAUAAUUAAUAAUCCAUGGUUAAGGCAAUUAGAUUGGUCAACACCACCGCGGGUCAAAAAGCUUAAAGGAUAUCAACAAUGGUAUCGGAAUAUUUACAAUACUAAGACGAGAAGCCUAAAAAGUAUAUCAAGGCCCAGAACUUCGUCCAUUUCAUUAAGAUUGAAAUGGCAAGGCUUUCCAUUAUAUUAUUUUAAAAAACACAGGCGGAUAUAUCGAAGACCGAAAAGUAACGAGAAAUACCAGGCAAAAGCAAAACCCUUUAGAUUCGAUGAAAUGGAUGAUAAUAAAGAAGCAUCUGUAAUUGGGCAAUCUCGAAAUUAUCCUUCGCGAUUAUCAAAAUAUUUGGAAUUAUCGGAAAAAGGGUCAUUACAUUUAUUAACUGAGAAUGAUUUCAAUGUGAUUUUGCAUUGUUUAUUUGCACCAUAUUGGAAGCCAAAGAAUGUUUUAUAUUGGUUGAAUCGAAUAUAUAAUGAUAUCAGGGAGAAUGGAUUGCGCUUGAAUAAAUAUACAUAUGAAACAAUAUUAAAUUUAUACGUUAUCAUCGGAAAUGUUUCCAAAGCAGAAUCAAUAUUUUCUGAAAUAGUCAAAGAAAUUGGUAUUCCAACGCGUAAGACGUAUAACAUAUUGCUUCAUAUGUAUGCACGCGUUGGAAACAUUCAAAGAUGUUUAGAAUUGGUUCAAGAAAUGAAAAUGAAUCUGAUUAUGCCGAAUUUAACAACCUACAACACUCACAUUUUGUCUUACGUACGUAACCUCAACAUUACUGGUGCGCAUUUUAUAUUACAAGAAAUGGAACAACAAGGUGUGAAGCCAGACGUUAUAACGUUCAAUGUCAUGAUCAAUGGUUUUCUAAAUUUUCAUGAUUUCAAAGGAGCAGAACAAUGUUUUGAUAUUAUGCUUGGUAUGGGAAUAGCACCAAAUAUCAUUACGUUUAAUACUAUAAUGUCAGGCUAUUUGGAUGUUGGAGAUUUUCAAUCUGUAGAAGAUAUCUAUGACAAAAUGCUCGAACUGAAAAUACAACCUGGUUUGGAUACUUACCAUAUUCUAGCGACUGCCUUCGUGCGAAUGGGAAAAACAGAGCAAGUGUUAUUAAUAAUUGAUCAAAUAAUUGCUAACGGUUGGCAUGUUCUGAGGACGUAUAACAUACUAAUUAACAUGUACGUCAAAAUGAAUGACUUAGGGAUGGCGUAUAAAGUAUACGAUCGUCUAUUAUCGUCGGGUCUUCAACCGAACGUUGUGACAUUUAAUACUUUCAUCACUGGCCACAUAAAUCAGCGAAAUUUAGAUGAAGCGUUGAAAUGUUAUGAUAAAAUGUUAAAACGGGGGAUUUCACCAAACAUGAAUGUUUUUAAUAAUCUUUUGAGAGGUUAUUUGCAUGCUUAUGGGAUGACAUCCUCAAGAAAAAUAUUUGAACAAAUGGCCAAACAUCAUUUGGUUCCUGAUCAAGUUACUUACAAUAUUCUUAUUCAGUAUAUCUAUGAACAAGAUGAUGUUGAAAUUUUCGAAAAAGCAAUCGAGCAAUAUGUCGAGAUGCUUGGAAAUGGUCUUCAUCCUUCAAAUCGGACUUUCAACAUAUUAUUAAAUCUUGCAAUUAAGAAAGAUAUUAAUCAUAAUAGAUUUUAUUCUCAUCAACAUCACAAAAAAUCAGAUCCAAUACAAAAUUGCGACAAAUCGGCCGUUGAACUAGUUUUGAAAGAUAUGAUGUCAAAAUACGUUGUUUUGGAUGUAGUUACUUAUUCAAUACUCAUGAAAGGAUUCGUUCAUUAUCAACACAUGCAAGGGGCAGAAGAAUUGUUUCGCAAAAUGCAAGAGAAUGGAAUUCGUCCAAACCAAUAUAUCUUUGACAUUAUGAUCGACGGGUAUGCAAAAAUUCCAGACAUGAAUAAAGCGCAGCGAGCGAUAACGAGAAUGUUAAAUUCAGGAUUCCAAAAGAAUAUCAAAGUUUAUAACUCGAUGAUAAAUGGAUACGCUGCAGCAGGUGAUAUCGGUGCAGCGCAUAAAGAAUUUGAUGAAAUGAAAAAAGCGGGACAUACGCCAGACAAAGUUAGUUACACAUCUUUGGUGGAUAUGUUUGCCAACAACAAAGACGUGAAACAUGCGCAGCAAGCAUUCGACUUCAUGCGUGCGCAAGGAAUACAGGUCGAUUUAAUAAGUUUUACGGCACUAAUGAAAGCUUACGCAAAAGUUGGAAAUGUGAAAGGCGCAUAUUCAGUUUUCGAAGCAAUGGUUAAUGCAGGUUACAAGCCAGAUUCGGUGGCAACCUUAACUUUACUUAGUGCACUUUAA